CCGGAAGUGGGCUGUCAUUCUGCCUGUGUCCUUGCUAGCUAACGAGACAGUAGCUGUAAUGUGCACCAUCUGGGAAGAUGAAUUGAACUGUGCCUGAAGAGUGGAUUUAAGGAGAUUUGUUUUCAGCCGCUGUUAAGAACCGCGACAUGUUGCGUGUCGGGGGAAAAACUGCCUGCAUGGCCUGCAGGAGCAUGGUCUCCACCAACAUGGGGGUGAAAUUUCCAGUACCUCUGCAGAAGCUGCACCCUCUGUCCCGGUCCAUCCACCACCGCUUCUCGGGAAACGCCAACCCCCAGCGACCUCCCCAUCGUAUGGCAGCACGCUACUUCACCUCCAUGUCACGGUUGCCAAUGCGACCGCCAAAGCCGCCCCGUGGGUCAGGGGGCCGCGGCUACCAGCAGCAGCGCAACUUCUGGAUGGUCCGCCUGGCUACUCGGCUGCUGAAGCUUCGAUACAUUCUGCUGGGCGGGGCAGUGGGAGGAGGUUACACAGCUAAAAAGACAUAUGAGGAAUGGAAGGACAUGCUGCCGGAUUUUAGUGAAUACAACUGGGUCAUUCCUGAUUUUAUCUGGGAACUGAGUGAACAAAUUGACCUUGAUAAAUUGGCCAAAGCGCUUCCAGAGAUGGAAGAAAUCGCCAAACUACUACCCGAUCUAGACAAGAUAGGAGAGAACUUCGCUUUCCUCAAAAGCCUCCUGACUUCUGGUGUGAUUUUGGGUAGUGAAGUCAAAGGAGCUGGUCUGCAUCUGUUGUUAGAAACCUCAGGUGAUCCUCCUCUAAAAGCCACAGACUCUUCUUCUGCAGCCGCACAAGACCCCAGUGACAAGCAAUACAAAAAGGGUCUGCUCGGCGAGCUCAUUCUAAUUCAGCAGCAGAUCCAGCGACACGAGGAGGAAGUCCGGCGGGCCGCUGCCGCCGAUAGUGCGCGCCCCCCACCGCCAGAGCCCGCUCCCAGUCCACCUCCGAACCCCAGCCCCCCUCAACAGAAGCGCAAGCCAUCAGACAAAGAAAAGUUUGACCAGCUUCAAGAAGAACUGCUUCGUACGCAGCUAAAAUACCAGCGUAUGCUGGAGAGACUUGAGAAGGAGAAUAAAGAGUUGAGGAAAGUGGUGCUGCAAAAAGACGAUAAGGGGAUUCACCAAAGGAAAGUCAAGAAAUCCCUUAUUGACCUGUACUCUGAAGUUCUGGACAUCUUGUCUGACUACGAUGCCAACUACAACACGCAGGACCACCUACCCAGAGUGGUUGUGGUUGGGGAUCAGAGUGCUGGGAAGACUAGUGUGCUGGAGAUGAUUGCUCAGGCCAGGAUCUUUCCCCGGGGCUCAGGAGAGAUGAUGACACGGUCACCUGUCAAGGUAACACUAAGCGAAGGCCCCCAUCAUGUGGCCAUGUUCAAGGACAGUGGCCGAGAGUUUGACCUCACUAAGGAGGAUGAUCUCGCAGCUCUGAGGCGUGAGAUUGAACUGAGGAUGAGGAAGAGCGUGAAGGAGGGUCAGACAGUCAGCAACGAGACAAUAUCGCUAAGUGUCAAGGGCCCCGGCAUCCAGAGGAUGGUGCUGGUUGACUUACCGGGUGUCAUCAGUACGGUGACAGCCGGCAUGGCAUCAGACACUAAAGAAACCAUCUUCAGCAUCAGCAAAGCCUACAUGCAGAACCCCAAUGCAAUCAUCCUCUGUAUUCAGGAUGGCAGUGUGGAUGCAGAGCGCAGCAUUGUAACCGACUUGGUUAGCCAAAUGGACCCCCAAGGAAAGAGGACCAUCUUUGUCCUGACCAAAGUAGACUUGGCCGAGAAGAACCUGGCCAGUCCAAACAGAAUCCAGCAAAUAGUGGAAGGAAAACUGUUCCCCAUGAAGGCCCUGGGCUACUUUGCAGUGGUGACAGGCAAAGGGAGCACCGGUGAAAGCAUAGACUCAAUUAAAGACUAUGAGGAGGACUUCUUCCAGAAUUCCCGGUUACUGAGAGAUGGCAUGUUAAAGGCCCACCAGGUGACCACAAAGAACCUGAGUCUGGCUGUGUCUGACUGCUUCUGGAAGAUGGUCAGAGAGUCUGUAGAGCAGCAGGCUGACGUCUUCAAAGCGUCCCGUUUCAACCUGGAGACAGAAUGGAAGAACAACUACCCUCGUCUGAGAGAGCUGGACAGGAAUGAACUGUUUGAAAAGGCCAAAAAUGAAAUCCUGGAUGAAGUAAUUAGUUUGAGUCAAGUGACCCCACAACACUGGGAGGCCAUCCUGCAGAAGAAGCUGUGGGAACGUGUUUCCACCCAUGUAAUUGAGAACAUCUAUUUGCCUGCUGCCCAAACAAUGGACUCUGGUACCUUUAAUACAACAGUAGACAUCAAGCUCAAGCAGUGGACUGACAAACAGCUUCCACACAAAGCUCUAGAGGUUGCCUGGGAGACGCUGCAGGAGGAGUUCGCCCGCUUCAUGGCUGAAUACAAAGGCAAAGACCAGGACGACAUUUUUGACAAGCUGAAGGAGGCUGUGAAGGACGAGAGCAUCAAAAGGCACAAGUGGAAUGAGAGAGCCAUGGACGGCCUGAGGGUUAUCCAGCACAAUGCCCUAGAAGAUCGUUCCAUCACAGACAAGCCUCAGUGGGAUGCAGCGAUCCAGUUCAUGGAAGAAACUCUGCAGUCACGCCUCAAAGACACUGACUCAGUAAUCAGAGACAUGGUGGGUCCAGACUGGAAGCAGAGGUGGCUGAACUGGAAGAAUCGAUCACCAGAUCAGCACAUUCGUAAUGAAACGAAAAAUGAGCUGGAACGUUUGUUGAAGCUGCACGAAGACCACACUGCAUACUUGGCCAAUGACGAGGUCACCACCGUGAGGAAGAACCUCGAAGGACGAUCGGUCGAAGUGGACCCUGUGCUGAUCAAGGAUACGUGGCAUCAGCUGUAUCGCCGACACUUCUUGCAGAAGGCGUUGUCUCACUGUAGCCUCUGCAAGAGAGGUUUUUACUACUACCAGAGACACUUUGUUGACUCUGAGCUGGAGUGCAAUGAUGUUGUUCUGUUCUGGCGGAUCCAGAGGAUGCUCGUCAUCACAGCCAACACUCUCCGACAACAACUCACCAACACUGAAGUGCGCCGGUUGGAGAAAAAUGUGAAGGAGGUACUGGAUGACUUCGGGGAAGACAUGGAGAAGAAGACCCAUCUCAUUACUGGCCGACGAGUCCAGCUGGCCGAGGAUCUCAAGAAAGUUCGUGAGAUCCAGGAGAAACUUGAAGCCUUCAUCGAAGCUCUUCACAAGGAGAAAUAAGAGAACCAGAACUAUAUACAGUAAAUGUUUGGAUACGACAGAGAAAUGCACUGAACAAAGAGAAGAACAUGUGUAAAUGUCUGUCAGCCUCACCACUCACCUGAUUUUAAUGCCCCUGGCUCGGCUCCCUGUUCCCGCCUGGGCACUGAUGGAAGGAUGGACCUGAUCAGAUGGAUCAGCUGGAAGAAUAGUUAUCAAGCUUUCUCUUUGAUUUUCCAUUUUUGUAUGUUUUUUUUCUCUUCCCCUCUUUGCUUGAGAGCUGUCUCACGUCACGAGGUGAACCUGUGCACCGGCGCCCAAAGCAACACAGUAGAUCAGGAGGGAAACCAGAAGCUUCUGUUGAGCUUUCACUGAGAGGAUUGUCCACAUGUUUUUCAUCUGACCUGGGAUGUUUGUGUGUACAUGAUCAUACUAGUGCUCGUAUUCAAUGAUCUAUGUACCAUGAACACAUUGGCACUUGUACUUACAGGUGAAAUAACCCUGAGUUUCAUACCUUUAUCUCACAGGAAACCCCAAGAUACACAGCUCAGUGG